AUGGUCCAACUCUCCUCUAAAAGAACUUUAAAAUCUAUUUACAGCAAAAUCCCGAAGUUCUACCAGCAUGCGCUUGCCCUGGCAUUCGCCGUAAAGGAGGUCAAUGAGAACCCCCACCUCUUGCCCAAUGAGACUCUUGGGUUCCACAUCUGUGAUAACUACAACAUUGAUGAGAUUACCUAUUACAGCACUCUGGAACUGCUGUUCAAAUCACACAGUUUUGUCCCAAACUACAAAUGUGGCACCCAGAAAAACCUUAUAGCUGUCAUUGGGGCUCUUGACUCUGAGAGCUCCUUCCAUAUGGCAAACCUCUUGGAUCCCUUCAAGAUUCCACAGUUCACAUACGGAUCAUUUGCUUCAGAGGAGAGUGAUACAAAAGAGUUCUCCUUUUACCGCAUGGUCCCAAAAGAAGACCGUUAUUAUCCCGGGAUUGUUCAAUUACUUCUCCAUUUUGGAUGGAUGUGGGUGGGGCUCCUGGCUGCAGAUGAUAACAGUGGAGAACGUUUCUUAAAGGCUGUAGAGCCAUUGCUUUCUCAAAGUGGAAUUUGCUUGGCCUUCACUGAAAGAAUCAGCCAGAAAGUGCAAUGGGAUGAUCAUAACGAUUUUACAGGCCAAGUCCCAUACCUUGAUAUUUAUUUCAUAGAUAGAAAAGUCAAUACAUUUAUUGUCUAUGGAGAUCCAAACACAAUUAUAAUACUGAAUGUCUAUAUAUUUUUUUGCCCCUUUGCAACUGAUCAUACAUUUAGUAAGGUUUGGAUUUUGACAGCCCAGACGGAUUUUGUCCUAACAGGCAUCCAAAGAUUUGGGGAUUUCCGGUUCUUCCAUGGGGCGAUCUCUUUCACAAUCCACUCACGUGAACUUCCAGGUUUCCGUACUUUUCUUCAAGGCAUAAAUCUUUAUGGGGGAGGAGACGGAAAUGAGUUUUUGAAGUACUUUUGGGAGCAAACAUUUGACUGUAUGGCUCCAAAUGGGAAUGAGUCUGUAGAAAUUGAUGAUGCUUGUACUGGGGAGGAGAAACUGGAAAGACUCCCAGCGCCAGUUUUUGAAAUGCACAUGACUGGCCACAGCUAUAGCAUCUACAAUGCUGUCCAUGCCAUUGCACAUGCUUUGCAUACUAGGUACUCAUCCCGAUCCAAUGUUAGAGCAUGGAGGAAUAACAAAAGAGCUAGAUUUCAAGAACUUCAGCCUUGGCAGAUUCCACCUCUUUCUGAGUGUAACACAUAUUGCCAUCCUGGUUCUCAGAAGAAAAAAAGGGAAGGAGAGAAAUUCUGCUGCUAUGAUUGCCAGCUGUGCUCUGAAGGGAAGAUUUCAAGGCAGAAGGACAUGGACAACUGUAUCAACUGCCCAGAAGAUGAGUAUCCCAGCAAGGGCCAUGAUCGAUGUCUGCCCAAGACAAUCAGCUUUCUGUCUUAUGAGGAAUCUUUAGGAAUUAGUUUGGCUUCUGUAGCUGUUUGUUUAUCCUGUAUCACAAGCAUAGUUUUAGGGAUUUUCAUUAAACACAAAGACACCCCCAUUGUCAAAGCAAACAACCGGGAUAUCACCUAUAUACUUCUCAUUGCUCUCCUACUUUGCUUCCUCUGCUCUUUGUUUUUCCUUGGACAACCAAACAAAGUGACCUGCUUCCUCCAACAAUCUGUUUUUGGUGUCAUCUUCACUGUGGCUGUUUCUUGUGUGCUAGCCAAAACAGUCACUGUAGUUGUAGCUUUCACAGCCACCAAGCCAGGAUCCAACAUGAGGAAAUGGGUGGGGGAAAGACUGGCCUUCUCCAUUGUACUUUCCUGCUCACUCAUUCAAGCAGGGAUUUGUCUGCUAUGGUUAGGAACUUCUCCUCCAUUCCCAAACUUUGACACACAGUCAUUCAGCAGAGAGAUCAUCAUAGAGUGUAAGGAAGGGUCUGUUCUCAUGUUUUAUAUUGUCCUGGGCUACAUGGGAUUUCUGUCCGUCAUCAGCUUGAUUGUGGCUUUCCUAGCCAGGAAGCUGCCAGACAGUUUUAACGAAGCCAAGUUCAUCACCUUCAGUAUGCUUGUGUUUUGCAGUGUAUGGGUGUCCUUUUUCCCAACUUACCUGAGCACCAAGGGGAAAUACAUGGUGGCCAUGGAGAUCUUCUCCAUCUUGGCCUCCAGUGCUGGGUUACUGGUUUGUAUCUUUUCCCCAAAGUGCUUCAUUAUUCUGCUAAGGCCUGAACUGAAUGACAGGGAACAACUAAUAAAGAGCAAUAAAUAA